AUGGAAUUGAGACUGGCAGCAAGUCAAGGAAGGCACGGUAGGGAAGGCAGAAUGAAGACUAUACUCCAUCUCCAACUCCAAUUUGACCUUCUCGCCCCAUCAACACCAUCAAACAACACCAUCGUUACCCGCAUUCUUCCCUCAACACCUGAAACUUCCGCGGGAAGCGAGCCUAUCCCCAAAGAAGAGCCAACACCACCUACUACGACACCGGCUUCGUCUACUUCUCGACCACGUCGACUAUGGUCGAGACUAGAAUCUGCCAGGAAUUGUCUAAAAGCAUUGGAAUCUCUCAACUCGAACCCUUCUCCCUCUCAAUCUCAACCUCAAGACGAUGACCCCUCUCCCCAAGGGGGCUUCCUGCCCAAAGAUCGCGACGCCUCAACACUCAUCGAGAUCGUCGAUAAUGAAGUGCCAGGAAAUGGGACUGCCGAUACCUUGCCCACCAAGGAGUCGCCCACUGAAAAGCAGUCUGCUUCCGAGACUGCUGUUCAUGAUUCACCAGCCUCAGGGCACAGCGAGGACAAGAGCAAUAAGCCCCCACCCCCUGAAUCUUUCAAGCAAGGUCCUGGUGCUGCUUCCACGGAGCCCAUGUCAGUACCAGUGAGACGGAAACUACAGGAAACGCUAGCAGAACCCUCUGGUACAGAAACAACUCAGCUGCCAACAGGAACAAAGCCCGAAAGUACCGUGACGGCAAUGGCUCAGACGCCGCCGGUAACAACGGGCGAGGUGAUCAAUAUAUCACCAGCUCAGCUAUGGGAAGACGUAGCCCAGCUAAUCAAGGAGAUGAAAGCACACGAAGCCGAGUUCCCAGAAACAGUAGAAGCCAAGCAGACUUGGCUUCAGAGGUCGUACAAAUUUGGCAAGAGCCGCUUGCUCCCUCUCAUUGAUCAGGCGACGGCGAUACUAGUGGCAGAAAACGUCUCACUAGGGGAGAAAAUUGCGACCUCGAUGAAUGUCCACGUCAUGGAUGCAGCUACAGACGCCUUGAUUGAGAAACAGGCCAUGGCUCGGACUGCAAUUGCACAAGCCGAGGCAGCAGAGCAGUCAACGAUGCCGCAAACCAUAUCGGCUCAGACACCGGCGGAACUACUAGAGGCAGCAACUCAGGCGAUGCAAAGGGUUAAAAAACUCAGAACACUAAGACGUACAGUGGCUCGACUCCCAGAGAUCGCAGAGGAAACAAAGCUUCCACUAGAUUUGAAGAAGAGGGCAGCGGAAACCGUGAAAGGCUUGAAGACGUCACGAACCUCACUGCCCAUGCACCUUGAGAGACACGGCGCCACAGAGUUUCACAUGUGGAAGGCAGGUCGGGUCUUUAAGGAGUUCAGUCAAGCCGAAGCGGUCAUCACUGCGAGGUUGAAGCUAACAGGGGAUAUGGUGGAAGAGCCAGCAGCAGGUAAACAUGCUGGCCCAACUUACCCUUGGGGGAUUUUCAAGGAAGUGGAAGAAGACGCUAAAACGACCAAGGACUACGAAGUUUCCAUAGCACGACGAGGCUUGGAGGAACGUGAGGCAAGUCUCCGUGAUGUAGCAGGGGCUCAGCUGAGCUUGAGGAAGAUCAAGUCUUUGUUGCGUUCGAUAUCGACUCAGUGUUGCAACCUAGGCCUGGACUUGAUCUUGCAAGGAACACGUUCUGGAUAA